GUCAGACUGGCUUUUCAUCAUUUCAGCCGGAACGGAAUCUGAAAAUCAGACUGAUCCAAAUAAACUCUAAUCCUUUUUUUCAACCGGACGAUCCCAAAAAGGCUGAAAAAUGAAGUCUAAAUCAAACCGAGCAGCGCUUUAGCGUGAGGGCGGGGCCAUGGCCGUUCCCGCCCUUUCGAUUGGCUGGAUUAGCCGUCAUUCAAAGCUCAGCGCUCAGCAGCGCCCCCGCAGGCGCGCGGCGCCCCUGCAGUUUCAUCCUUGGAGCUACUGCGCGUGUGCGGCGAGAGGAGGACCGGAGGAGCCGCGAGCCCAUCCGCUGCAGCCGCGAGGCUCGGACGCGCGGAGGUACCGGACAGGCGGCGGCGGCUCAUGAGCGCACGUGAUCGGAGGGAGUCAUGUCAUCGUCCGGUAAAGAGAGCGGGAGCUCGUACGUGGGACCGUACCGGCUGGAGAAGACUCUAGGGAAGGGACAGACCGGAUUGGUCAAGCUUGGCGUCCACUGUGUAACGUGUCAGAAAGUGGCCAUAAAGAUCGUCAAUCGUGAGAAGCUCAGCGAGACCGUCUUGAUGAAGGUGGAGCGGGAAAUAGCCAUCCUGAAGCUCAUAGAACACCCACACGUUCUGAAGCUACACGACGUCUACGAGAACAAAAAGUACCUGUACCUGGUGCUGGAACACGUUUCCGGGGGGGAACUGUUCGACUACCUGGUGAAGAAAGGAAGGCUGACGCCUAAAGAGGCCAGGAGAUUCUUCAGGCAGAUCAUGUCGGCCUUGGAUUUCUGCCACAGUCAUUCCAUUUGCCACAGAGAUCUGAAACCAGAGAACCUGCUGUUGGACGAGAAGAACAACAUCAGGAUUGCAGACUUUGGCAUGGCGUCUCUUCAGGUUGGAGAUAGUCUGCUGGAAACCAGCUGUGGGUCUCCUCACUACGCCUGUCCAGAGGUCAUCCGGGGAGAGAAGUACGACGGGCGGAAAGCCGACGUCUGGAGCUGCGGGGUCAUUCUCUUCGCUCUUUUGGUGGGGGCCCUUCCCUUUGAUGACGACAACCUGAGGAACCUUCUGGAGAAGGUGAAGCUGGGAGUAUUUCAUAUGCCACACUUCAUCCCUCCGGACUGUCAGAACCUUCUUCGUGGCAUGAUUGAAGUGGAUUCAUCCAAAAGGUUGACGUUGGAGCAGAUCCAGAAGCACUCCUGGUUUAUAGGCGGGAAGAAUGAACCGGAGCCGGAGCAACCGGUUCCCAGAAAGGUCGGCAUGCGCAGACUCCCGUCGGUAGAGGCCAUCGACCCGGACGUCCUGGACAGCAUGAACUCCCUGGGAUGCUUCAGGGACAAGAACAAACUGCUGAAGGACCUGCUGACUGAAGACCAGAACCAAGAGAAGAUGAUCUACUUCCUGUUACUGGACCGCAAGGAGAGGUACCCCAGUCAAGAGGACCAGAACUUGCCCCCCCGCAACGACAAUGAUCCUCCAAAGAAGAGAGUCGACUCCCCCAUGCUGAACCGACAUGGGAAGAGGAGACCGGAGAGGAAGUCUCUGGAAGUCCUGAGCGUCACAGACGGAGGCUCACCUGUACCAGCCAGGAGGGCGAUAGACAUGACGCAACCCGGACAGAGUAAAUCAGUGUACAGUAAAAGUUUGGACAUUCCCGAAGCCAGAGCAAAAUGCAGCAAAGAGGAAAGGUCCCAAUCCAUAAGUGGCGCUUCUUCUGGCGUCCCCACCAGCCCCCUCAGCAGCCCCCGGGUUACCCCUCAUCCCUCCCCGCGAGGAAGCCCCCUCCCCACCCCAAAGGGCACUCCAGUGCACACCCCCAAGGACAGCCCAGCAGGGACCCCGACUCCAACUCCGCCCCCGAGCCCCUCCCUUGGAGGUCUGCCCUGGAGGACACGCCUGAACUCCAUCAGGAACAGCUUCCUGGGAUCGCCACGAUUCCACCGCCGGAAACUGCAAGUUCCAUCUCAGGAGGAGACGUCCAGCCUGACUCCAGAGUCUUCCCCAGAACUCGCCAAAAAAUCCUGGUUUGGUAACUUCAUCAGCCUAGAGAAGGAGGAGCAGAUCUUCAUUGUGAUCAGAGACAAGCCUCUGAGCUCCAUCAAAGCCGACGUCGUUCAAGCCUUUCUAUCGAUCCCCAGCCUGAGCCACAGCGUCAUCUCUCAGACCAGUUUCCGGGCGGAGUACAAGUCCACCGCCAGCCCCACCGUCUUCCAGAAGCCCGUCAAGUUCCAGGUGGACAUCAGCUACACGGGGGGCUCAGCUGCCGCCAAAGAGAACGCCGUCUACUCCGUCAGCUUCACGCUGCUCUCAGGUCCGAGUCGGCGUUUCAAGCGGGUGGUGGAGACGAUCCAGAACCAGUUACUGAGCACCCACGACCAGCCGGGGGUCCAGCAGCUGACGGACGAGAAGAACGGACAGGUGUCGCACGCCGCCUCACCUGCGCACAUCCGGAGGCCCGGCUCCGGACAGAAUGACGCCAAAUUCCGGGCUGCCGGCCCGGACGCAGCCAGGCUGUCGCUGGCGUCGGUGGGCUUCCAGGAGGAGUUUUAGUGUGAACAAUAUCUCCACCCCACUUAGACAGUUGUCUGCCCCCCCCCCUCGACCUUGAUGCUGACCGACUUGUUUUUGAUCCAAGGAAUUAUUCAGAAAUCCUUUUAGUCCUCCUGAGCCCCCGUCUUAUGCCCCCCGCCUCACCCCCACCCCUUCAGCAUGUCAGGAGGACGAGUGGACAAGGUGGUUACCAUGGAAACCCAACCUCAGUGCUGAUGUCUACCUUCAUCUUCCCCCCACCUCACCUUUGGCUAACCCCCUCCCACUCUACUGAGAAACAGACUGCUAUAAGCACCUGCACGCACAUAUGCAUCCAGGAGGGGGAGCAAUGCAUUCUGGGAGUGAAAGAAUCUGUCAGAAUUCUUCCUGCAUCGUCACAAAACAAAGAAUGUGUCUUUUUGCGUUUCUGCAACCCAUUGUGCUGCUGAGCUACAAAACACACCUGAGCACAGGUGUGAUGUCAUUCUGACCCCCCCAGGGCAUUUCUAUCGCUACUUAUUACCCGAAUCCAGCUUUUAUUUUGAAGGACUAAUUUCACCAAACACACACACAGAUUCUGUCUGCAGAAGAAACUCUGGGACGACACACAACCUCCAGGGUGAAGACGCGUCCGGAUGUGGCUAUUUGCUGGGUUGUAUUUGGUUUUUAAUGUAGCUCUUUAUGUUUUAAGAGACUUGACAUUUUUGCUGAGAUGGGAGUUUCAGGGGGGUGGGAAAAAGACUGGGGGUACGUCUGAUGAAAGGGUGGGGGGUGUAUUUAAAGGAAUAAUUGGUUCUGCUGUACAGACUGCUAUGAUUAAUGUGAUGUAAUGAUGAACAUGGUUAGACGCUGGAGAACCUGCAUCUGUAAGCCCUCCGCUCUUCUCAUGAACAUAUAUGUCCCGCUAAAACUCCCCUUUUCUGCUUACCCCCCCCCCCCCCCCCACCGAAACACCAGCAGACGAGGAACAAAAAACUGACAUAAAUGCAAUUAUAGAUAUUUUUAUACUGUUCCUAUUUAUUGAUGACUUCCAUAUUUCUAUGCUGAAAGCUGUCGGCUCCGCUGAAUGUUCUUUAUGCCCUCGUUUAUUCAUAAAAGGGACAUUUGACACAGAAAAAAUGAACUUUGCUUUGACUUCAACCCAAGUCUGUGAAGUUUCUGCCUUUAAUGAAGACAAGAAGAGAAGUUGUGGAAAAAAAGAAUGUAGUUGGCCUCUAAGCGUGCUCUCCAGACAUUAGUCUAUUACCUCGUUCUGGGGGACUCGGCUGGAGGAGAAGGUCUACUGCAGGGGCCUUCAGGGCCGGUGUCCUACAUGUCUCCAACCUACCGCUCACUGAAGCUCCUCAUUGGCUGAACACACCUGAUCCAGGUGAUCAGCAGCAGUGACCCGUCACGUCCCGCCACGACCUGUCACGAUCCGUCACCUCCUGUCCCGUUACGACCCGUCACGUUCUGUUACGUCUGGUCCCCUCAGGGGAAAUGUCCCCUCGCCUGGGUGUUUGGGCUUGGGGCUGAGGGAUGGCUCAUCCACCCGCCCCUCCACACCGGAACAGGCAAUCUGAUCUACUGACAACUGUUUCCUGUUUUAAGGGCGUGACUCGGCUUUGUGGACUGAAAGUUUCUGCUCUGGUUUCUGGUGUGUGCACUACAGUCAGGAGCAUCAAUAUUUGGACGGACACACAUUCUGUCUAAUGUAGUUUCUGUACAUUACCACAAUGAAUGUUAAAUCAAACAACUCAGAUGCCA